AUGCAAAAUGUUCAACACUUGAAUCUUGAUCCGAUGCGUAAGGACCAGAUUAGUUGGAGAACUCGACAAGGGGUUGAUACAGUCUUUGCUACAUCUACGGCUUGGGAGGAUAUUCGGAUGAUUCAAGAUGAUGUUCCUUGGGCAAAUGUUGUGUGGUUUCCACAAGCUAUUCCUAGACACGCAUUUCUUAUGUGGUUGAUUGUUAAUAGGAAAUUGAAGACACAAGAUAUCAUGAGCCGAUGGAACUCAAUGGGUAAUGCGAAUUUCAACCUUAUGUGCUGCUCGCUGUGUACUAUUGGGCCGGACUCACACGAACACUUGUUUUUUGAGUGUGCCUAUGCUUCUAGUGUUUGGGAAGGUGUUAGAGAUAGAGCAGGUAUGGCGGCCAUUCAACAUAACUGGAAUGAUAUUGUGACACUCUAG